CUAGUUCAUCUCUCAGAAUGGAGACCAUGAGAGAUUUGGAUGAUGAUGAGGAGGAGGAGGAGGAGGAGGAGGAGGAGGACACAUCUUCAGUGUCCAGAAAACCUCCAGGUUUGAGUAAUACACUUGGACCCUCUGACACAAAACAGAGAGCAGAGUCUCCAGUCCCCAGCUGUGUUUCUAUGAAGAGUGACCGGUCUAAAGAUGAACCUAUAUCCUUCAGUAAUGAACCUCGACCCUCAGACACAAAAUGGAGAGCAGAGUCUCCAGUCCCCAGCUGUCUGUCUAUGAAGAGUGACUGGUCUAAAGAUGAUCCUCCAGUCUUCAGUAAUAAACCUGGACCCCCAGACAAAAAAGGGAAGAGGAAAAGUCAUGUUCCUGUGGAGGAGCAGCUGUCCAGCUGUGCUCUGUGUCAGGACGUCCUGAAGGAUCCAGUCUCUACCAGCUGUGGACACUGGUUCUGCAGACAGUGCAUCACCUCAUACUGGGAGCAGCGACCUCCAUCAGGAGACUCCUCAUGUCCCCAGUGUGGAGAAAGAUCCAGAACCAGAGCUGGACUACAGACAGCCAGUCAGACCAGAACAGUACAAACAGAACGUGGUCUGCAGGAGGUUUUAGAUGAACAUAGGCUCAGUCUGAAGGGGAGAUGUGAACAAGUGACUGAAGGAACUGAUAAAAGUGAAACCAGCCUCAACAGGAUCUUCACUGAGCUCUACAUCACACAAGGACAGAGUGAAGAGGUUAAUACCCAACAUGAGGUGAAGCAGCUUGAGGCAUCUUACAAGAGAAAUACCCUCCAUUACACUCCAAUCAAGUGCCAGGACAUCUUUAAAGCCUCACCUGACCAACAGACUCACAUCAGAGCGGUCCUGACUAACGGAGUCGCUGGAGUUGGAAAAACCUUCUCAGUGCAGAAGUUCACUCUGGACUGGGCCGAGGGUUUGGAAAACCAAGAUGUCAGUCUGGUGAUCCCGCUCUCCUUCAGGGAGCUGAACCUGAUCAAAGGUGAGCAGUACAGUCUUCUCAGGCUGCUCCAUGUUUUCCAUCCAACCUUACAUGAGGUCACAGCAGAGCAGCUGGCUGUCUGUAAAGUGCUGUUCAUCUUUGACGGCCUGGAUGAAAGCAGACUUUCUCUGGACUUCAAAAACAAUGAGGUUGUGUCUGAUGUCUCUCAGCAGCCCUCAGUCGACGUGCUGCUGACUAACCUCAUCAGGGGGAAGCUGCUUCCCUCGGCUCUCGUCUGGAUAACUUCCAGACCUGCAGCGGCCAAUCAGAUCCCUUCGGAGUGUGUCGACAGGGUAACAGAAGUACGAGGCUUCACUGACGCACAGAAGGAUGUGUACUUCAGGAGGAGAUCGAGUGAUGAAGAAUGGUCCAGCAGAAUCAUCUCUCACAUCAAGAGCUCCAGGAGCCUCCACAUCAUGUGUCAGAUCCCAGUCUUCUGCUGGAUCACUGCUGCAGUUCUGGACCACAUGACUACAGACCAGAGAGGAGAACUGCCCAAGACCCUCACUGACAUGUACUCACACUUCCUGCUGGUCCAGACCAAGAGGAAGAAGCAGAAGUAUGAAGAGGGACAUGAGACCAGUCCACAGCAGCUGACGGAGGCUGACAGGGAGCUUCUUCUGAAGCUGGGGAGGCUGGCGUUUGAACAUCUGGAGAAAGGAGACAUCAUGUUCUACCAAGAAGACCUGGAGCGCUGUGGUCUUGACGUCACCGAGGCCUUGGUGCACUCAGGAGUUUGUACAGAGAUCUUCAAAAGAGAGAGUGUGAUCUUCAAGAAAACUGUCUACUGCUUUGUUCAUCUGAGCAUUCAGGAGUUUCUGGCUGCAGUCUACAUGCUGCACUGUUACACCAACAGAGACACAGCGGUACUGAAGGACUUCCUGCAGGGAGACUAUAACAACAUGUUUAGCAGUGAUCAGGAUUACCCAUCCCUGGAUGUCUUCCUGAAGAGCGCCAUGAUGAAAUCACUCAAAAGUAAAAAUGGCCACCUGGACCUGUUUGUCCGCUUCCUCCACGGCCUCUCUCUGGAGUCCAACCAGAGACUCUUAGGAGGCCUGCUGGGUUGCACAGACAAACGUCCAGCAAUCAUCCAGAGAGCCAUCAGCAACCUGAAGGAGAUGAGAAGUGAUGAUUCUUCUCCCGACAGGAGCCUCAACAUCUUCCACUGUCUGACAGAGAUGAACGACCACUCAGUACUUCAGGAGAUCACAGAGUUCCUGACGUCAGAGAACAGAUCAGAGAAGAGACUCUUUGUGAAACACUGCUCAGCUCUGGCCUACAGGCUGGAGAUGUCAGAGGAGGUUCUGGAUGAGUUGGAGAAGUACAAAACAUCACAGGAGGGACGACGGAGACUGAUUCCAGCUGAGAGGAACUGCAGGAAGGCUGUAAUUCCUGACAGUGGAUUCUUAGACUGGGAAGUCGUGGCCUCCAAUCUGAGAGAGCUGGAGAUGAGAGUCGGUCUGCAGGAUUCAGAGGAGGCGGAGCAGCUGAGUUCUGGACUGAAGAGUCCAAACUGUAGACUGAAGACUCUGAGACUGGUGGGCUGCAGUUUGUCAGAGAUCAGCUGUGCUGCUCUGAUCUCAGCUCUGAAGUCCAACCCUUCCCAUCUGAGAGAUCUGGACCUGGGUGGCAACGAGCUGCAGGAUUCAGGAGGGAAGCUGCUGAGUGAUCUUCUGGAGAGUCCAGACUGCAGACUGGAGACUCUCAAACUGGUGGGCUGCAGUUUGUCAGAGAUCAGCUGUGCUGCUCUGAUCUCAGCUCUGAAGUCCAACCCUUCCCAUCUGAGAGAUCUGGACCUUGGUGGCAACGAGCUGCAGGAUUCAGGAGGGAAGCUGCUGAGUGAUCUUCUGGAGAGUCCAGACUGCAGACUGGAGGCUCUCAGACUGUCGUACUGCAGGUUGUCAGAGAUCAGCUGUGCUGCUCUGGCCUCAGCUCUGAAGUCCAACCCUUCCCAUCUGAGAGAUCUGAACCUGAGAGGCAACAAUCUGCAGGAUUCAGGAGUGAAGCUGCUGAGAGAUCUUCAGGAGAGUCCAGACUGCAGACUGGAGACUCUCGGGAUCAAUGGCUAGACAAUGAAAGCCAAGAUACAGAAGAAAUGUCCAUGAGGGAAUAUCGUCUUCUCAACAAAUGGCAGUGCGUUCAGCCCCGUAAUCCUGCAUGAGGUUCAAUUUCUGUCCCUCAACUCUUUGGAAACAGUCAGAAGAACGGCUACGGAGAACAUGAAGAACAGUUUUCAAUGACGACAUUUUUGCGUUAAUCACCCCGACUCAAUUAAUCCCACGUGACUAUUUUUCACUCAUGUUCCCGGUAAUAACACGUUUUCUUCAUAAACCUAGUCUAAAUAAACUGCAGUGAGUAACAUUUCAAGAUUUUUUUGAUUAAAAAAUGGCGGAUGUGGCUCACAGCCUUGCAGGUGCUGUUCUUCCACCUUUCCAAACCAAACACACUAGGAAACUUCACGACCAUCGACCAAGUAAAGCAAGUAAAGCAGGAAUACACAAAUCAUCACAGUCGGCUGGUGUAAGAAGGAAAUGUGAUCUGAUGUAUAUUGGACUUCUAAUAACAAACAUAGGCCUACUGAUGAUUGCUCUCUUACCUAUGUGUAGCGCCUGGUUUGCGGCCUCUGUGCGCUCGGUAUGCUGUGCUGAGAGUGCAGGGAAGCCGCCUGGCUUCCUCGACUCAUGGAGCCAAUAUAUUAUAUACUCCAAAAUUCUCAAAAGCGGGCAGGCUGUGGCUCAGUUUCCAAAGUCGGUUCACAAUAGAAACAGGACCUUGAUGUCUGGAAACGGAGGGUUCGCUGGAUUUUGCUGCGUCAUGCUGAUUCUGAGCGGGGAUAGCACUUUGUUCCUCGCUCGGUUUCCGUGGCGAUGACAGGGGUGGCGUCAUGCGGUUGUGGAGCUGCGGCUGUGAUUCAAUCAGCUGGACCCGAGCCACGCAGAGCUGUGCGUUGUCCGGAGAGACCCCGCAUCUGACCUGCGGACCCAGGCUUCGUAUCAACGACACACCGGUGCCUGUUCCUCCAGUCCAAGGGGAGCUUUAUGAUACAAUUCAACAAGGUAACUCUGUCACCACUUCUGAACGAUCAUCUCACGCACCCGGUGGCAAAUGACACUCUAACUUUUAGCGCACUAUUUGCAGCGAUUUGAAGACAAAACAACAUGACACCAAAAUGUUUCAAACUGUAAAUCAUGCAAAGGUGUUAUGGAACUCAAAUAUCAAACCUAAGGGCAUUUUCGGUGGACACUUAAAUAUCAGAAGCAUGACGUCAAAAAUGGAACAACUGGAGCAAUUAUUAACGAACUCAAACCUUGAUUAUGUAUGCCUUUCUGAAACCUGGCUACACCCUUCAAUUCCGUCGGAUAUUGUUAAUAUCCCAGGAUAUAACAUUUAUAGACUAGAUCGUAAUCAAAGUAAGGGUAUGAUUUAUGUUAAGAAAAGCCUGCAAAACAAAUCGAAUUAUCCUGUGAUACCACUGAAUGUGUGGGAGUAACUAUCUCACUAUCUCAGGAAAUGUGUUUUAAUGUAAUUGUUGUAUAUCGACCACCUACAGCAAAGAGUGUUUUUAAUGAUAAUUUAACUAGUAUUCUCAGUGUAAUGGUAAAGAAAUAAUCUUAAUGGAUGAUUUUAAUAUUAACUGGUUAGACAAAAAAGGCAGGAAGAAAUUAAAGGAUAUUAGUGAUAGAUUUCAAAUGAGUCAAUUAAUUAAUAAUGCAACAAGAAUUACUAAAUCAUCAUAAACAUUGUUGAAUUUAAUUUGAACGAACAAAGAGGAUCGCGUCUCAAAAAAAUACAAUCUUAUUACUGGCAUGUCCGAUCAUAACCUUACUCUAGUUGCCAGGAAGCUAUCCAAGCUGCGUUACAAAAAUCACAAUAUAACAAAGGGUAACAAAUAUAUCUCGUACAUCCCAAAGCGGGACAUGGGAAUUCUGGAGAAUGAAAUAACGCAAACUGACUGGUUUGAUUUGACAUAUGGUGAAAAUUGUGAGGGGGCCUGUGAUCAUUUGAAACAUACCUUAAAACAAACCGUAGCUAAAUAUACAAAAACAAUCCCUCAAAAGUGUAUUGGCAAACAACUGUUACCAUGGUUUAACACUGCUCUAUGGGAAUUAAUGAAAAAAAGGGAUGUAGCUCUAAAGAAAUCUUUAAAAUCGGGACUAGAAACAGAUCGCUUAAUAUACAAAAGUCUUAGAAAUAAAGUUACAGUUCAAUUAAGAAAGGCAAGGGCACAUUACUUUUUAGAUACUAUUCGACAGGCAAAGGGGAAUUCUCUAGAUCUAUGGAAAACCAUUGACAAACUUAUUGGAAAAGAUCACUCAAAUUAUAAUACUGAGCUUAUGAUAAACGGAACCCUACAACAGGAUAGCCUAGCCGUGGCCAACCAUUUUAAUACAGUUUCAAUGUAACAGAACCGCUUCUUGCAUUAGCUGACGAUACACAAGUGCUCAAACUCAACUGUACAAAUGAGACUAAAGUGAAUAAAAUAAUUUCCACCUUAUCAAAUUCUAAGGCUAAAGAUCACUGGGGACUAGACACAGUAUUUAUAAAAAAACAUAAAAAGGACUUAGCUAGCUCCAUCACCUAUAUUACAAAUCAAUCAUUAAAAGAUAAUACAUUUCCAUCAGCUCUUAAAACUGCUAUUGUAACACCAAUUUUUAAAUGUGGUGACAAGAAAGAAGUAGGCAACUAUAGACCCAUCAGCAUUCUAUCUGUUGUGUCCAAAGUAGUUGAAAAAGUAGUCGCGGAACAGCUGGUGUCACACCUAAGCUACAACAACCUACUCCAUCCUAUGCAGUUUGGUUUUAGGACCAAUUAUUCUACUGAGACUGCAUGCUGCUAUUUAGUGGAAGGAAUCAAGGCUAAGUUAGACAAAGGAGGGAUAGUUGGAGCAGUGUUCCUUGACCUGCGAAAAGCAUUUGACACCAAACUUUUAUCAAAACUCAACAAUUUCAACCCGUCAGUUAGCACAGUAUAAUGGGACAGGUCUUAUUUAGCUGGUCGUUCUCAAUGUGUCCGUAUAAAUGAUAAACUGUCAGAAACUAAGCCAUGCUCAAUCGGAGUGCCACAAGGCUCAAUUCUUGGACCGCUGUUGUUCAGCAUAUAUAUUAAUGAUCUCCCAUCUGUUUGUGAGAAUGUGGACUUCCAGAUGUAUGCUGACGACACGGUGGUUUACACUCAUGGGAAAGAUGCUGAACAGGUUGCCUCUAAGCUCUCGUUGACGCUGCACAAAGUUGCUCAAUGGUUAAAUUACUCGUGUCUUACUUUACACACUAACAAAACAGUGACAAUGUAUUUCACGAAUAAGAAAAAACAACCACGCAUCCACAGCUUCGUGUGAAUGGUAAAAUAAUUGAAAACGUCAAUGAGGUCAAAUACUUGGGAGUGAUCUUGGAUGCCAAUUUGACUUUUGAAAGCCAUAUUAGAGGCAUGACAAGAAAGCUGAAAUAUAACAUUUUUAAAUUUAAACAUAUUAGGAACUCAUUAACCAUAGAAGCAUCGAAAACCUUUUUGCAUGCCAUGAUACUAUCACAUUUUCACUACUGUAUAACCUGCUGGUCCCAAGCAACUAAGACUGCUAUGAGACCACUUGAGGUUCUUUAUAAACAAGCCUUAAAAGUUAUGGAUAGAAAGUCAUUAAAAUACCAUCAUUGCAAUAUACUGUCCAAAUACAAACUUUUCAGUUUUGAUAGUCUUGUUCUACUUUCCCGAGUUCGAUUGGUAUUCAGAAUCAUUCACAAUUCUACAACACCACCGUUGAGGGGCUUUUUUCAGUUUCGCCGUGAACAGAGUUGCAGAAACUCCAGAUCUUCAUCAAAUGCAGAUCUAACCAUCCCUCUGAGGCGCACUGCCUUUGGACGAUCAGCAUUUUCGUUUACGGCCAUCAAGCACUGGAAUACUCUUCCAGUUGAACUUAAAACCUGUACUGAUUUUAACUCGUUUUCCUAUGGUGCAAAAAAAAUGAUAUUAAGCAACCAGUCAUGCCAACAUUAAUUACACUGUAAUCUGAGUUUUCUCAAUUUGAACUGUAUUGUCAUACUAUAUCUUAGAUAUUUUUAUUUAAGUGUAUUUGAAGUGUACUAAGUAUUAUGUUCGUAACCUGAGUUUAAAUCAGGUUUUAAAAUUGUUUGACUGAUAGAGAUCAUGCAAUGUUAUUAUUUGUUUAUUGAUUGUUGUCAAGUACUUCAGGUUUUUUGGCCUGUACCAGUGAUUAAGCCUGACUUGAUAGGCUAGAGGGCAACAGAGGACGCUUUGGACAACUCAAAUUCGUUAUUUUUGUCUUUAUUUAUCAAGACAGCUCCAAGAAUUGAUCAGGUUGAAAACCUUCAAAACACAAAGGACAAACAAAAGUUAGCUCACAUGCUACACAAAUUACAAACAUUUUGCAGGUCUCACUGCAUUCUCAAUAAUAGCAAUAAUAGCACCACAAACUAUGUUUUAAUUAAAAAGGAUAAAUUGUUCCUUUAAACCCCAUCAUUAACUUAAAUGAAUUAGAGUGUUUAUCUCCACUUGGAAACAAGCACCAGAGAAAACCUCAUCUGAACACCUGCGC